AUGAAGUAUAAGUUCGCCAAGGGCAGGAGAAAAGGUUACCAGUGGGCGAAUGAUCAACACAACACAAUGAAUUCACACGAUUACAAAAAAUACCUGGUCCCUUUGACGGAUCACAAAGUCACAGCCUUCACCAGCAGUAACAUUCGGAAGGACUAUGGCAAAAACGGUGAGCUCAAGGAAGAUAAUUUCUUCGCGAUUGGCUGCCAAUCCAAAUGGGGAUACGGCAGCCGUGAGUUCAGGUUCCUCGACGGACAGAUUGCGGAGAUGCAGUUCUACGGCGAGAACUUGGAUGGCGCAACAAUCAAAGCCAUCCGAGCCGACCUUCAGCGCAAGUACAUCUCGCCCGACAGCCCGGCCUACGUCGAGAACAUCAAUAAUCAAUAA